CCAAUACGCAUCAGCCAUGUGUUCCUUCACUCGCUUUGUUCUUAUCAACCUUGUCAUCUUCCAAUGCCUCUCGCUUCUCUGCCUCGCCCAAGACUUUGAUUUCUUCUACUUUGUUCAAAGUUGGCCUGGUUCUUACUGUGAUACGGGAAGAAGCUGCUGCUAUCCCCGCGCUGGAAAACCGUCUGCUGACUUCAAAAUCCAUGGCCUUUGGCCUAAUUACAAUGAUGGCACUUACCCCUCUAAUUGCGACUCAUCCAACCCCUUCGAUCGAACUCAGAUAUCAGAUUUGGUGAGCAGCAUGCAAAGGAACUGGCCAUCACUAGCGUGUCCAAGCAGCGACAGCACGAAAUUCUGGGCGCAUGAGUGGGACAAACAUGGGACAUGCGCGGAGUCCGUGCUCGACCAACAUGGAUACUUUGAGACGAGCCUGAAGCUUAAAAGCCAAGCCAACAUCCUGCAAGCUCUGGAAACAGCAGGAAUAAACCCAGAUGGAAGUUAUUACAGUUUGGAUAAGAUUAAGAGUGCCAUAGAAGAAGGAGUUGGGUACAGCCCUGGAAUCACCUGCAACGUGGAUGAUUCCGGCAACCGUCAACUGUACGAGGUUUACUUGUGCGUGGAUUCUUCCGCCUCUGGUUUCAUAAAUUGCCCAAUUUUCCCGAGCGGACAAUGUGGCUCUACCCUUGAGUUUCCCAAAUUUUAGGAACUCGAUGGUCUUAUGUUUAUCUUAUUUCUUGCAUUUUGUUUUCAUGUUGGGAAAGUUCUCUAUUUGUAAUCAGAAUUAAAUAAGUUACAAAGGAAAAGAAAAUGGAAAUGGAGAGAACAUUUAUAUAAGAUAUUUGU